AUGUAAGUUUUAAAUAUUGUUGGAAAAAAAGAUGUUUAUUUGCAUAACUUAAAUAACAAAAAAUAAAUAAGGACUUUUUUUGAAAUUAAUGAAUUUAAUGUAAUUUUAUUUUUUAUUUAAAAAUAAAAACAAAAAAAACAUAUUAGAAAAAAAAUUUAAAUAAUAUAAAAAACGUUAUUCAAAAAUUAAUAAAAACAUUAACAACUAAAGGAAAAUAUAAAUAUAGAGAAAAGUAAAAAAAUAUUUUAACAAAAAUUAAACUAAAAAAAAUAAAAAAAAAGAUUUAACUUUUUACAUUCAGCACAAUUAAAAUCUAUAAAUUAUGAUGUUAAAAAAAGAUUAAAUUAAAUUUCAUAAUAUAAAGUCUAAUUAUAAAAUUAUAAAUCAAAAGAAGAAUGUGAAAGUUCAGAUGAUGAACCAAAAUAAAAAUAAUAAUCAUAAAUAUAUUAAUAAAAUUAAAUAACUGAUUUAACAAAAUGGAAAAAAGCAAAUAAAAUUGACCAAAAACAAAAAGUUUUCAUUCUUAAAGGAGGAUAUUAAGAUCUCAAAAAAGCUUUAAAAGAAAGAGAUUGGGUUGAAAAUACAGACUAUUUUUCCCCAUGUUUUGAUUUUAAAUGGACAACUAAAGUAAGUGAUAUUGAUUAUAAUAAUUUAUAUGAUUUUUAAUAUGUGAAUCAUUUCGAUAAUAACUCUGCCUUUACAAGUAAAUAUGGAAUAGGUAGAAGCUUAAAAACUUUAAUACAUUAAGAAAAUAUUGAUGCCUAUACUUUUUUUCCAAGAUCUUUUGAUUUAGGAGAUUUAUAAGAAUUCGAAGAUUUUAUAGAGAAUUUUAAAUUUACAAAAAAUUAAGAAAUAUUUCCUUGUAUAAAUAGUGAAGAAUGGGAAAUUUUAUUUUUAUCUCGAGGAAGAGGAAUCAAAUGCUUUAAUAAUUUAGAUAAAAUCUUUGAUUAUAUAGUGGGUAAAGAAACUUAAUUUGUUGUUUAAAAAUAUAUAGAAAGACCUCUAUUAAUAUCUAACAAAAAAUUUGAUGUUAGACAAUGGGCUAUAAUAUAAGAUUAUUGUCCUUUAAAAAUUUGGUUUUAUGACGAAUGUUAUUUAAGAUUUUGUUCAGUUGAUCAUAAUAUAGAUGAUUUAAAUAAUAGAUUUGUCCAUUUAACUAAUAAUGCAAUUUAAAAAUUUAAUAAAGAUGGAGAUUUAGAUAAAGAUGAAUUGAUGUGGAGGCAAUAUUAAUUUGCUGAAUAUCUUAAAGAAUAAAAUAAUGGUGAAGAUAUAUUCUUUAAUUAAAUAUAACCAAAACUUAAAUAAAUAAUAAUUUAUUCAUUAAAAUCUUGUCAAGAUCAAGUUUCUGGUAGAAAAAAUUCCAUGGAAUUAGUUGGAUAUGAUUUCAUGAUUGACUCCUAAUAUUAGCCUUGGCUUAUAGAAAUAAAUAGUUCUCCUUCUAUGGAUUAUAGUACUUCAAUUACAAAAGAUCUUGUAUAAAGAGUCUUAAAAGACACAGUUAAGGUUGUUGUAGAUUACUCUAUGGCAAAGAAAGGGACUAAAAAAUUAGUAGAUACGGGUGGUUUUAAACUUAUUUAUAAAGGAGAUAAAAACUAAAAUAAUAACUUUAAAAAUAAAAAUACUAAAAACUGA